AUGGCUGAUUGGUAUAAAAAAUGGCGUAUCAAAGUUAAUCAAUCCAAAUCACACCUUACAACAUUUACUCUUCGUCUUACUCCCUGUCCUAUGGUGUCUCUAGACAAUAUUCAAAUCCCUUCCUCUCAAACGGCCAAAUACUUAGGUCUGACAAUUGAUCGUCGUCUCACUUGGUCACAUCACAUAAAAACUAAAAGGCUUGCCUUAAAUGCACGACUCCGCAUCCUUAAAAUCCUAAUCUCUAACAACAAACACACUCCAUUAAAUACUAAACUCUUAAUUUACAAAUCCCUGUUCAAGCCGAUGUGGACCUAUGGUCUUCAACUCUGGGGUAAUGCCAAAAUAUCCAAUACUAAUAAAAUUCAAACUUUCCAAAAUAAAUUCCUUCGCUUAAUUACAAAUUCUCCCCCUUACAUCUCAAAUCUAACUUUACACACCGAUCUAAAAAUGAAAUCAAUCCAUGAAGAAGCAGUAGCCUUUUACAAACGAUUCCACUCUAAACUCCCUUCUCAUUCCAACCCUCUCAUUUCGAACCUUGCCACUCUCACUAUUCCUGGGAAUCCUCCCAGAAGGCUCAAAAGGAAAUGGUGUCGAGACCUCUUCACUGUUUGA